AUGUCCGGACCCUCGUUCCCCCUCCUGCGUCUCGUCCAAAAUGUCACCACCAAAUCUCGCAACAGCAGUCAACGUAUUCCGCUGAGGUACAGCCUGCACAUCUCCUGUCAUGUCAAGCCAAAUGCAUCUGGCAAUCGAGAGGGCAUUACUGCAAUAGGAGCAGAACGGGUUGAUGUCUGCGUGGCUGCGGUGCCGAGGAAUGGCGAAGCAAACACGGCCGUGUCGCGCGUUUUGGCGCAGGUCUUCCAAGUCCCCAAGUCCAGCGUGGAGGUCACCCGCGGGCUGAAAUCGCGUGACAAAACAGUCAGCAUUUCGGACCUGGACAUUGGAAGCGAAGGCGAAGAUGGAUUCCUGCAGAAAGCACGAAAAAAGCUUGAAGAAGCUAUUUUACAGAAAUAA